UAAGAUUCAGUUACUCACUUGUUUAUCAAAAAGAAAAAGAUCAGUUUGUUAUUGUGUUAGAAUAUUCAUCUGAUUCAUCGAAAUGGCAAAAUUUAAAUUGAAAAAGCCAUCCAAAAGGCAGCCAGCACGCCUACGCUACAAAAUCGAGAAAAAAGUCAGAGAUCACAAUAGAAAAAUAAAAAAAGAGGCAAAGAAAAAUCCCAAGUCAAAAAAACCUAAAGCUGUUCAGAUACCCAAUAUAUGCCCUUUCAAAGAAGAAAUACUGAAAGAGGUGGAUGCAGUAAAGAAACAUAAAGAAGAAGAGAAGCAGAAAAGAAGGGAAUUGCUGAAGUUAGAGAAGCAGAAGAGAUCAGAGGAGAAAAAGAAGAACCCUGUUGGCAUGGAUACUUUGGUAGCAAAUGCUCAAGCGAGGGGUAAAGUGCAUGAUGCAUUCAAAGGCAGUGAGACUGGGAACGACACUGAAUAUAGCAAGGAUAGAAACCAGGAGAACUCACUGAAAACUUAUUAUAGAGAAUUCAAGAAGGUUAUAUCAGAGGCUGAGGUGGUUUUGGAGGUAGUUGAUGCUAGGGAUCCUUUGGGUACAAGGUGUACACAAGUGGAAGAGGCAGUACGUGAGUCGGGCAAGAAGCUGGUCAUAGUGGUCAACAAGGCGGACCUCAUUCCGCGGGAGAACCUCGCCGCGUGGCUCAAGUACCUGCGGCGGCAAGCCCCCGCCGUGCCCUUCAAGGCGUCCACACAGCAACAGCAACACAACCUGGGCAGAAGGAAGAUGAAACACAUCGUCAAGGAGAAAGAAAUGAAAGGUUCAGCAUGCGUAGGCGCAGAACUGUUGAUGAGUCUGCUCGGCAGUUACAGUCUCAAUAAGGGCAUAAAGACGUCCAUCACGGUUGGAGUCGUGGGCUUACCCAACGUGGGCAAGAGCUCCAUCAUCAACAGUCUCAACAGAUCCAAGGCUUGCAAUGUUGGCAGCACUCCUGGUGUCACUAAACAAAUGCAAACAGUUCAAAUAGAUUCAAAAAUAAAAAUCCUAGACAGUCCUGGCAUAGUGUUCCACUCAGGUGCAGACAACGACGCGACAGUCGCGCUGAAGAACGCGAUCAAAGUCGGCAGCCUUAAGGACCCGGUCACACCCGCGACCGCGAUACUGCAGAGAGCGCACAAACAUACUCUAGUGUCUUUGUAUUGCAUACCAGAGUACAAUACGCCACAGGAGUUUUUCGCGAGUUUGGCCUCUCGCAUGGGGAGGUACAAGAAAGGGGGUGUUCCCGACCAAGAUGCGGCCGCUAGGAUACUUCUCAACGACUGGAACAUUGGCAAGGUCCGAUACUUCACAGUGCCACCAGAAACUCCAGAUUCAGAAGUUCACAUAGAAGCCAAAAUAGUGUCAUCAAUGGCUCCAGAGUUUGACAUCAACAGCUAUGAAGCUAUGGAGACUGAGGUCAUCAACUCACUUGGAGACAAUACUACAGAAGAAGCCAUAAAGAUAAUAAGCACGGGGCCAGUUAAAGCCAAACUCGACGAGAUGCAAGUAGACGAAGAUGAGUCCAGCCUCCUUCCAAAAACGCUAAACAUCCGUCCAAAACUGGACAAGACCAACAAAAACGAGCGAACUAAAGCAGACCCGGAAAUGCAAAUAGAGGGCAAUACUAAACUAAAUAAACUGAGGAAAAUGCAGUUCAAAAAGGACAAGAAGAAAAAAGCUAGGAACGAAAAACAAGCAAUCAAUUUAGCGGAUGUUUUAGAAAAUGUCACUUUGACAAGUGUGAAGAAAAGUGACGAAUAUGAUUUUAAGGAGGAUUUUAAAAUGUAGCCGAGAAAUAUGAACAUAAAUUAUCUUUAGGGCAACACUAAACUAAAUAUACAGAAAAAUGCAGUUCAAAAGAAACAGGAGGAAAAAAGCUAUGGAUGAAAAUGAAGCGAUCAACUUAUCAGAUGUGUGAAGAAUAGUGACAAAUAUGAUUUUAAGGAGGAUUGUAAAAUGUAGCCGGAAUUCGAUAUUUUAAUACUGAAACGCUACCUUAAAGGCUUAAAUUUUAUCAGUCACUGAUAGAAAAGUGACAAUUAAUUUUAAGAUGGUCUCAAGUUUUGAGCAAUGUUUCAGUAUUUGGCACAUUUCUAAUGUUAUGUACUUGAUGUAUGUUAUGUUAAAGACAAAUAAAACUGAUUGACUGUU